UCCGUGAACAGAUUAGAAGAGUCAGACGAAAGCCAGCCAGGACGAAAAAGAGUGGACAAUCCUCGAGCACCCCCCCUUGGCGCAAGUUGGCGUUCUGCUCCUCCGAGUACGACCACAGUAGGGGGGGCGGCAGAUGAAGCCUGGGACUUGUCCAUCCUAGUCCAUCACGAAAAAGAAGGAGGCCAACGCGCACACACACCCUGGGCCGUUUGCGAUUCCUGGAGUCCCCUAGCCUCGCUCGCUAGCUCCUUUUUCUUUUCCACUUGAGCGCCCCUGGUCGAUGACCCUGGUUGCAAACUCUCACCCUCUCAAACUUUCCCAAACCGCGUCAAACCCAGAGAGUCGUAUUCGCGGGCCCAACGUCCAAUCCCUCCAUUCCCAUCAAUCGGCUUUUUCUUUGUGGUCAAAUUACUCCAUACGACGCACCGUUUGCCCAUUCGCUCCCUGGCACCCCAGCUAAACCAGGCACCGUUGUCUGCAAUUCUAUCCACACCUUCCAUUGGCGAAAGGCGGUGGAAAAUGCAUCGCGCCACUGGCACACUCGGCGAGUUGGGCCUCCCCAUUGUACCUUUGAUGUUUUGCUCUCGCCUCCUUCCCAUCCCAGGCUCUGGAUCUGUGUCCAUCGAUUGGGCUGACGGCGGCUGUCCAUGGCUUUGCCGUGUGCCAGUCAUCCAGAGGUGCCUGACAGCUAUCUCCACCAGCGCGGCCAAGUAUAGGAUCCACUCCCCACUGCCAUCGGCCACGAUCAAAUACAUCCUCCCCCCCAUGUGGAACGGAGCUGCUACGACGUCUGUACCUUGCUCAACCCAAGACGCCAACAGGCCGAACAAAUUCACAGUCAGCUGCAGGUCCAGGUCCUUCAAGAACCUGUGCCACCACUCAAUCGCUUCCUACCUGACCAGGGCUGCUGCGUCUCUCCACUUUCCCGAAUUCCAACAAGCCACCCACCCCCGCCGAAUCCUCGCUCGCCUUCUGGACAUGGGGCAGCCCUGACUGAUGACUUUCCUUCUCAAGACAAAAAGACGACCCAUUUGCGCGUCUGAGGAUCCCGUCUGGACGACUUUUCCCUUCCACCCCUCCUCUUUCCCAUAGAGGACCAGGAGAAAUCUCACCGACCGGCUUUCGUUUCUUCAUAUCCUCCCCUGUGCCACCCUACCCUCCAUUCUGACUCUUCUCCCACACCUAUCUAUUCCCCUACCACGCACCACAUCACACGACGUGGACUCACAAAUACCUUUCGGAUCGCCACCAAUCCUGAAGACCUAUACCGCGGUCAUGAGAAUAUAGGACUGACCAAUCUGGCUUGACUGCCUCGCAAACACUUCGAAAUGUCUUCAACGUCUAGCCUCGGGGGCUCUUGCCCAGUCCCGUUUCUCCAAGAGACCCUCUUCCCACAUACAGGCGGAUUUCUGGAGGGACGAUUUUGCAUGCCCUUGUCCACCCUUCAACCCAACCUGACCUGCUGUUUACCCUGUCCGAUGACGGAUUGGACAUACUCGGAUGGUGAGCAGAGAGCAGAAAACGCUGUUGGAUGUCGACGUGCUGACAUUUCUCAGGAUUCGAAUCCCGUACUGAGAUUGCCAAUUGGGUCAAUGUGGCAGCGUUUGUGCUGUCCGUAUAUCUGCUCCUGUCAUUUGCCGUUCUUCCCGUCAAGUAUACUCAUAGACACUAUUUGAGUGUCUGUUUGACCUUGGGAGUGGUUUUCGUGGAGCUUGCUUUCAUUAUCCCGCUGGGCACGAAACCAGCGCAAUGCUUCAACGAAAUCACCCCCAACGACAUGAGAUCGAGUGGAUCGUGCGCAAUCAGCGGCGCUUUCUUGUUGUUUGGGGGUUGGGCUAUCGUCAUGUGGGUUUUUGUUAGAGCUCUGGCCCUCCAUCUCCAGAUUUGUUGGGAGGUUGUGCUUGGGAACAAAUCAUUCUACACCGCACUAGUUCUGGGAUGGGUGAUACCCAUUGUUGGCCUUGCAUUGACCCUAAGCCUGACGGGGGUGUCAUUCCGGUUUGGCAAUGUCUGCCACAUCAACCACAAAGAUGCUCUGCAAGAUUUCUGGGGGCCUCUUUUGGCUUUCGCCGCCUUGGCGUUGGUGCUGCAAUUCGUCACCAUCGGCUAUUGCGUUCAAGUCUACGUCAAGAGUCUUCUCGAUGACAAGCAAACCACAAAUUCCAGCUCUCAGCCUCCGACAUAUCAAGGCAGUAUGAAAACGGUGACGGCAAGACAGACCUACCGCCGAGUCAAAAGGGUUGUCGAGCUCCAAUGGCGUGGAGCCAGCAUUGUGCUCGUCAUCAUUGCCGAAGUCGUGUUCUUCUCAGUCGUCUUUGUCUCCAUGGACAACAGCACGAAAGUCGAUCCGGCGCUUUUGCAAAAGUCACAGCCUUGGCUCACCUGUCUAGUUGCCCACGGGGGCGACAAGAACAAAUGCCUGUCGCUUGCGAGCGGACUGGUAAAAUCAGAGGGGAUCGUUCUGGCGGUGCUUAUUGUUCUUGGGCUGAGCGGUUUCUGGUGCUUGAUGUUCAUGGGCCGAUGGUCUAUGGCUCUUGGCUGGGCCGAAUUCUUCCGAACAAAGUUGUUUCGAAAGAGUGAAUUUGUCUCGGCUGAUGCCAGACGGUUCUCGAACGACCCUCGUACGUACGAAAUGCUAAGCGGAGCGACGCCUCAACUGAACAUCAAAACCCCAGAUCGAGCUUUGACAAGCCCCAGAAUGCGGACCGAAUUCUCGCCCACAGACACGAAGCAAGAACUCUAUGGCUCGGCUCGAGCGUAUGUCACCCCGGUGUCGAGUUAUUCCCACCCGACACCUCCGAAUCAACACAAGGAUUGGGAUCCGAGAUUGACGCACGCCAAACCAAUGGAUCUAUCCGGAAAGGCUGUCGAACUGAAUAUAUAUCCGGGAUGAACAAUGUCGAGAUGUCACCCGACCUCAUUCCUAUUUAUCCACCAAUAUGCUUUCUGCACAUUUCAGCGUGUGGCGCCGAGGAUUGAUUGUGAUCUAAGCAGAAAUUUUGCUCCUGUUUCAUAUGGCUCGGAAGUGGCUGUUUGAUCAUAUUUUAAAUGGUCCAAUGCCCCGCAGUGUUUUCAAUGCAUUAUGAGUUUACGCGACUUCUAUGUUUCAACAAGGGGAAGAGGAGCAAGCACAAUGUGUGCAGCAUUGUGAUGUACAAAUGGGAAAACGAAAACAUUGGGAGGCGACAGAAUUUGUGGAGGUCGCCGUUGGCAUGAUGUUUUCCUUGAGCCACCAUGAUUGUGGUUCAACAUUCAAGGGUUACCCUUUCGAGUCGACAUAUUUUCUUUGCCUUGUUCGACAUUGUCAAUACAGAAGUGGUCGCUUCACAGCGAGAAAAGCAAAGUUGACGCCAAGUGGGCGAAAGAGGUGAGGAAUUGGAUGGGAACAGCAGUGUGAGCUGUUGGGUUCCACGAUGCUGUACAAAGAGGAAGAGAAAUUCCCCCUUGUCACUUUGUAAUACAUGGCAAGAGGGGGCUGGAUCCUACUGGAAUUGCCUGUUAUUUUCCUUUCAACGAUGGAGAAGAGGACAUGAGCCCUGAGACAGGGAGACGUCGGGACAUCGUGUCAAGUGACGAGCUGACGUCUGGGGUUGGAGAGUUUGAGGACAGAGAGCGGGAGGUGGCCGACGUGAGAGAAGAUGUAUCUAUAUCUGUAUAGAAGUGAUUGAAAGUAUUCAAUCUUUCAUUUAACAUUCAACAUUCGACAUCCA